AUGUUGAGAAGAUCAUUAGGCUAUCCGGCAUCGGUUUGUCGGGCGUUUAGCACGCGUUCGGCGCUACGCCAAACUCAAGAGGCUUCUUCACAAUCAUCGUCCCCGGCCGGGUCGGUGAUCAAGGCCCCGGAACUUGCCCAGAACACAACCACCAUCGAAGGUUUGUUUAGCGAAUCGGUUUUCAACGACGUGUGGUCCAAACAGGUGUCUUUGAAGCUUGACGACCUCAAAUACGGCAUCUCCGAGUCCCCAAUCAGAACCAAUCUGGAGUCCUGUUUCAUCGAAUCGUCCGCGAACGAGGUCUUCCUCAAGGGUAACAAACGUACAGCUUCCAAUAUGGUGGACGAGUUCCUUCUCACAACCACAAACCCCACCGUGGACCAAUUCUGUAAGCUUUUGGAAAAAACAGCAACCAAACCAACAGAACAGUACGUGUUCCAAAACGCGGCCACCAUCUACAACCUCUACUACUUCCUCUCGUCUUUAAAGUCGAACCCUGAAAAUACCGUCUCCAAGGCAGAUCUCAGCGAGUUGUACAAAACCCCAGACGUUUUCUCGAAAAUCCAAAACCCCCCAGAGGGAAGCAUAGCAUCGUGGAUCGAGUCGUCUUUCGGGUCGAUCCAGGAGUUCAAAACCCUGUUGUUGGCUACCGCAAACUCCACCAAGGGAAAUGGAUACACCUGGGUUGUUCACAAGUUUAGAAAACCGGAAUUGGGACAAGAGUCUAGAGAUCUCACCAGGUUCUCGUCGCUUGCCAUCUUGAACACAUACAACAGCGGAAUUCCUCUCCAUUUCAGAAAAGGACAGAUUUCCAACGCCAGAGCAUUCAAAAAACAACAGAAAGCUGUCAAGUCCGAUUCCCAGGACUCUGACUCGGUCAGCAUGUACAAAAUCGAGAUUCCAGACUUGGAGCAGGCCCAAGACACUUAUGAACCAUUGACUUAUUGCUACGAACCGCUUCUGGCAAUCGGUAACAAUCCAUCGUUCUAUCUGAGAGAUUAUGGAGUGUUUGGAAAGUCCAGAUACCUGGAAAACGUCUGGAACUGCAUUGAUUGGGACGUGGUUGAGUCAAGAUGGAUCAAUAGAACGUUAACCAAAAAACGCUAA